AUGGGCGGAUAUCAUGGUGCCACGUUGAAACAUGUCAGGAGGCUGAUGUGCCUUCUCCCCCGCGAGUGCCGUUCGGGAGCUCAGCUCCAGAGGUUAGCUGCUGAUGAACUUCCUGGGGAGUCGCGAGCCAGUGCAGCUGAGGCGCCGCAGCCCUCCCAAACGGAGGCUCAAAGCGAGGGAGUGAUGCAACCUUUGCAAGAAGCUGCACAAGAGUCUGCCGCCGAGGCUGUCUGCCGCUGGUCGUUGUGGAUGGGUGAGCCCGCCUUAUGUGACCGCAUUGUCGCUUCGAGUGGCUGGCAAGUGAGCAAACAGCUUGGUCGAGGGCAAUAUGGCACAGCAUAUUUGGUUUGUUGGAACGAAGAGAAAUGUGGUGAAGAACGGAAAGGUCAACAUCCAAAUGGAGAUCAGGCGGUGGCCAAAGUGGUGGGCUUGGAAUAUCUUCCGGAGAAGGAGCAUAACUUGGCCUUCCAGGAGGUUGAGCUCAUGCGAGCCUUGAGACAUCCACAUAUUGUGGCCCUGCGGGAUCAUUUCCUCACUGAAGCCAGCCUUGAGCUGAUCAUAGUCAUGGAAUACUGCAAUAGUGGUGAUUUGAGGGGUGAGGUGAAACGUCGCACUCAGGCGGCAGACCUCAUUCCCGAGCCUCAGAUCAUGACCUGGUUUGUACAGAUGACCUUGGCUUUGAAUUACAUGCAUCAAAGGCAUAUCCUGCACCGAGACUUGAAGAGCUCCAAUGUGUUUUUAACCACCAGCCCUAGAGGCGAUGGGGAGUUUGAUGUCCGCAUCGGUGACUUUGGCAUCUCCCGUGUUUUGGAGGGCACCAUCGAUGUGGCUGCGACAGUUGUGGGUACUCCAUACUAUAUGUCUCCUGAGGUUUGCAAAGCAGAACCCUAUGGAUACAAGAGUGACAUUUGGGCGCUGGGAUGUGUUCUCUAUGAGAUGUGCAUGUUGAAGCACGCCUUUGAGGGACAAUCAUUGCUUGGCCUUGUGUACAAGAUUGUGAGUGAGACCUACGAACCCAUUCCUCCACAGUACAGUGCAGACCUGCGGACCUUGAUUGAUGACAUUCUUGAGAAAUCCUCCUCCAAAAGGCCAAGUGGGCUAGAGUUGAUCUCUCGAGCCUAUGUCAAACGCUUCGAUGUCCUUGGGCAAGCGGAAAAAGAUGCCAAAGAACUCCGACAUGUCAAGGGGAUCGAACCCCUGGACUCCAAACCAGAGCCUGUGUCCACCCCGCCAAGAGCACAGGUGCCCACACACAGCCCUGGACCAAAGGUCGAAAAGGUGGUUGAAGCAACUCCUCAACCAGCCGAGGACCCUCCGGUGAGGCGCGAGUGGCGCGCUCCGCCUUUUGUUUCAAAACCAGCUCCUCAGCAUUCCCUGCCAGAACAUGAGCUGUGUGCACGUGUAUUGCUGAGCCGCGUCCGUCGUGGUUUGCAAGCAAGGCGGCAGAACUGGCUUCAAGUCUUUGUCAGCUACGCGAGCUUUGAUCACAAAGGUGACGGUCAGCUCAACGAAGCCGAGUUCGAACGGGCGGUGAUUUCUAUGGCCUUGGGCUUAAGCGAUCAGGAGAUCCGGGAGGUUCGGAUCUUCCUGCAGGGCACCCAAAGUCAUGUGCCUGUGGACAUGUUUGGAGAUGCUCUCCAUCGCGUUUUUCCUGAAGUUCAACAAUUGGAGGAUUGGGCCAAGAAUUUGCUCGGAGAGCUGGCCCAGAAAGCUUCACAGGUGGAGGAUGCCAACAGCCGGGAUGUUUUCCCUGGUGCACAAGUGCGAGUUCAUAGUUUGCAAAGUGCCCUUGGUGCCAAACUGAAUGGCUGUGAAGGCGUAGUAGAGAGCUGGAAUGCCGCCACCUGCCGUUGGCAAGUGCGCAUCAGUGGUGUGGGAGUCAAGGCGAUUCGUGAUGAGAACCUGGAGCCUUUGAAUCCAGGGAUGAAAGGUCCUGACUCCAACAGCACCUCUGAGACCAUCUCCAUCUAUCGACUGUUGUGCCAGGAUGGUGUGACAGCAGUGCACGAGACCGACUUCCAAGCUGUAGUGCAACGCUUGCUUCCUCAAAGCCAGGAGCAAAUGAAGAAGCUUUUGUGGUUGUUACCCAAGUGCCCUGAUGGCAAGGUGGAUGUCCCCGAGGCGCUAGCUCAGCUGGAGAGGGGCUUUGAUCAGACGUUGCAUGCUGGAAAUCAGACUCCACUGGGAGGUUUUAACACCAAAACCCCUGCGGUGCCAAAGCUGAUGCCAACCCUGAACCCUGGGCCUCCCAUGGGGGGAAAGUACCGGCAUGGACUUGCACCAACUCCAUCACCGGUGGCGGCACAAGCGCGGCAAGGCCCUGCAGGGCAUCAUGCCCGGGGUGAAGCAGUGCUGUUGAGAUUGUCGCAGCGUUUGCUUGGAAAACCAAGAUCUCCUGGUCCUGGGGUUGAGGUGUUCAGGCUCUUUGCGAGAAAUCCAGAUGUGGUCACCCUGGAAGAAGUGAUGGAAGCUGUGAGUGUACUGCCCUUGGGCAUUUCACGUGCAGAGGUGCAAUCCGUCUUUGCCCAGGUCAGGGGUUGUGGCACUGGCACCUUGCCUUUAUCACAGUUGACCACUGCUGCUGAAGCGGCCUGCAAUGCUGGAGUGCCACUGGAGGCAGCAGGGCAAAUCGAUGCCAAGCGGCUAGGCCCUGCAUUGCAGCGUUUGGGUGCCAGGGCAUCGCAGCAGGAGUUCAGGGUGGCAUUGAUGCAGGCUGAACCUUACAUGACCCACAAUCAGAUGGAGUGGUUGUCCGAGCUCACUGACAAGGAUUGUGAAGGUCGUCUUCUACCUCCAAGCCUUCUUCCACGACUUGGCAUUGGGCCCAGUGGCAGGGCAGAACCUUUGUCAUGGAACACAGUGCCACCAAGACCGCCUGCGGCCAAAGGCAUUCGCUCUGUGGCGCAUAGUUUGCCACAGGUUCUGGUACUUGCGACCUUGUUGUAUCGCAUUCGACAGAGGCUGUUUGUGGGCAGCCAACUUACCCUAGGCUCCCUCCUGGGCUUAUUUGAUGUUGCUGAUGGUUCCAACCGGCAACUGGCUGAGUCAGCUGUCAUCAACCGGGAUUUGCUAGGCAGUUUGCUGGGGCACUUGAGACUUUCCAUCUCUGUGGCAGAAGCAGAUGAACUGCUUGCAGCCAUAGCCGCCACCGGUGGGAAGCGCUCAGGUGACUCUGGUUGUGUUCAAGUUGCGUUGCUCUAUGACAUGGUGGACCGUGCAGGUCAGCCCGAGAUGGAAACCAUGGUGUUGGAAUUGCGGUAUGCAGUGCGACAACGCCUUUGGAGUAAAGCCUCUUGCUUCACUUCGGUGGCGGGUUCAGCUGAGCUGCUUUCAGAGCCAGACUUUCGGCGUGCUUUGAAAGCGGCCAUGGCCGAGUCUUGGGCAAUGCCUGGAUCACUUCCAGAAGAUGAUGAGGAUCGGGUGGUUUUACUCGCUGAGAAGGAUGCAGAAGGCCGAGUACUUUGGCGCACCUUUGUUCAGGCCUUCUGCGGAGGAAUCGAGUUGGAUCAGAUGAGUGAAAUCACUGAAGAACCCCCAGCAAGUCCAACCAAAGGCAAGAGUCGCACUCCUGGAGGUCUUCAAGUUGGUACUGCUAGUGUGAAUGGAGUCAAUGCUGGGAUGUCAGCGCAAAGUUGGCGCUCACAAAAAGCAGCCCAAAAGAUGGAAGGUCGAUCAGUGGUUUCCAGCAAAGGUCAAGCAGAUACGCCUUUAUCGCCUCAGAGCCGACCGAAGCGUGGUUUUUGUUGCUUCCGGCGGCGAAGCUUGUAG